UUCACCUAACCAGAGCGGGGAUUUCCCCUGCUCCUCGUGUCCUUUGGAGGAAAGCGAAAGUGAAAGGAGGAAGAGAAGGUUUCGGGGCUGAGAAGAUCGCAGCGCCAUGAAGCCCCUGUCCCUGCUCCUCGCUGUGACUUUGGGCCUGGCGACCACCGUCUCCGCAGGACCAUCGGCGAUCGAGUGUUGGUUCGUGGAGGAUGUGGGCGGGGGCGGCCUGGCCAAGAGACCCGCCGCACUGCUUCUGCGCCAGGGACCCGAGGGACCGCCACCCCGGCCAGACCUCGACCCUAAGUUCUACCUCAAAGUGGACGACCCUACGGGCACCCUGCAGGCUGCCUUCAGGCGGUACCCGCGGGGCGCCCCCGCACCACACUGCGAGAUAAGCCGCUACAUCCCUCUCCCCGCCUCUGCGAAUUGGGCCAGCGGCCUGACCCCGGAUCGGAGCUGCCCGCGGGCCCUAGACGGGGCUUGGCUGACCGUCAGCAUGUCCAGCUCGGUCCUCAGCCUCUCCAUCCUCUUGCGACUCCAGCCAGAGCCUCAGCAGGAGCCUGUUCUUAUCACCGUGGCAACAGUGGUGCUGACUGUCCUCACCCACACCCCUGCCCCUCGAAUCCGACUGGGACAAGAUGCUAUGCUGGACUUGAGCUUCACCUACAUGCCCCCCACCCUCGAGGCUACUGCAUCUCUGGCCCCAAGUCCCCCUCCCUUUGGGCUAGAGUGGCGACGACAGCAUCUGGGUAAGGGGCACCUGCUCCUGGCUGCAACUCCUGGGCUGCGUGGGCAGAUGCCAGCAGCCCGAGAGGGGGCAGUGGCAUUUGCUGCUUGGGAUGAUGAUGAUCUAUGGGGUCCAUGGACCGGGAAUGGGACCUUCUGGCUGCCUGCAGUGCGACCCUUUCAGGAGGGCACCUAUCUGGCCACUAUACACCUGCCAUACCUGCAAGGACAGGUCUCCCUGGAGCUUACUGUGCACAAGCCCCCCAAAGUGUCCCUGUCGCCAGCACCCCUUGUAUGGGCUGCCCCAGGGGAGGCACCUCCAGAGUUGUUGUGCCUAGUGUCCCACUUCUACCCUUCAGAGGGUCUGGAGGUAGAGUGGGAGCUCCGGGGUGGCCCAGAGGGUGGCUCUCAGAAGGCUGAGGGGCAGAGGUGGCUCUCCUCUCUGCGCCACCAUUCAGAUGGCUCUGUCAGUCUCUCUGGACACCUGCAGCUGCCCCCAAUCACUGCUGAGCAGCAUGGGGCUCGGUACAUCUGUCGUGUCCACCACUCCAGCCUGCCUGCCUCAGGGCGCAGCGCUGAGGUCACUGUGGAGGUGGCAGGUUUCUCUGGGCCCUCCCUUGAGGAUGGUGUAGGUCUCUUCCUAUCUGCCUUUCUCCUCCUGGGACUCAUCAAGGUGCUGGGCUGGGUCGCUGUCUACCUGACCAUUCACAAGGAUUCCAAGGAGAAGAAAACCCAGUGAAGGCACUCAGCACACCUCUGUGGAAGCCAACAUCAUCUCUGACUCAAGCUAUUACAUUAGCUCUCCCAAACAGUACCCCACCACCUGCUCCUACUCUCUCAAAACUUCCUCCACUGAAUGGCUAGAAUUUUAUUUUUUAAAAAACAAAUCUUGUUACAUUCACCUUCUUAAAGCUCUUGAGCAGUGGUUCUCAAAAUUUUUGGUAUCAGGACUUCUUAAAAAUUAUCAAGGGCUGGGGAUACUGCUCAGUAUGUACAGUGCUUGCCUGUCAAGCACAAGGCCCCGGGUUCAAACCCCAGGAAAAA